AUGAUGGAUCCCUGUUCAGUUGGAGUCCAGCUUCGUACCACAAAUGAGUGCCAUAAAACAUACCAUACUCGUCAUACAGGUUUCAAGACUUUGCAAGAAUUGUCAUCAAAUGAUAUGCUUUUACUUCAACUUAGAACUGGAAUGACACUUUCUGGGAAUAACACAAUCUGCUUCCAUCAUGCAAAAAUUUACAUUGACAGAUUUGAAGAUUUGCAGAAGUCGUGUUGUGACCCAUUUAACACACACAAAAUACUAGUCAAAAAAAAUUUGCAUGGAAUUGAUUUAGAUGAUGCCACUUUCCUGAGUGCAAAAUUUGGAAGGCAGCUUGUACCUGGGUGGAAGCUUUGUCCAAAAUGUACACAGGUAAUCAAUGGAAGUGUGGAUAUUGAUUCUGAAGACCAUCAGAGAAGAAAACCUGAUUCAGAUGGAAGAACUGCUAAAGCUUUAAGGUCAUUACAGUUUAUAAACUCAGGAAAGCAAACUGAAUUUGCUCCAGAAACUGGUAAAAGAGAAAAAAGAAGGCUUACAAAAAAUGCAUCAGCUGGUUCAGACAGACAAGUGAUACCAGCAAAGAGUAAGGUCUAUGAUAGUCAGGGUCUCCUGAUUUUCAGUGGGAUGGAUCUCUGUGACUGCCUUGAUGAAGCCUGCUUAGGAUGUUUCUAUGCUUGUCCUGCUUGUGUUUCUACCAAAUGUGGAGCUGAAUGCCAUUGUGACCACAAGUAG